AUGUCACCUACUACUGCAGAGGAUGUCGAGAGUUGGAAGCAAGGGAAUGAUGAGGUUACCGACUUGGCUCAGGCAUAUCGAGAUCUUGCCAGAGGUGAACAAGCCGCUGCAGCGCUCGAGGCGAGCCUAACGACGCUCGAGAGCAAGCUCGACGCCAUGUUGGACGCCCUCGACGACAAGACCGGCGCUUCGUCUCCGGCAGCCGAUGGGAAGGCCCCGACCACUGACGCCAACAGUGAAGACAAACCUCAAACCAGUAGUAGGCUUGGUAACGAAGCCUCAGCCGCAGAAGGCUCCGACAAGAGGACUACUGAAUGA